AUGGGUCUCGAGAAUACCAACACAAACUCUGCUGCGGUCCUUCAUGGCGCACGCGACCUGCGUAUCGAGCAACGCACACUCGAUGCGGCCCCCGCACCAGGUUAUGCACGAGUUCGGAUCAUGAGCACGACGCUCUGUGGCUCUGACUUGCACUAUUAUACUCACGGCAGGAACGGGACCUUUGCGUUAUGUCACCCAAUGUGCCUUGGACACGAGUCGAGUGGGAUCAUUACCGCUAUCACCCCUGCUUUGUCAUCUUCUCCCUCGUCUUCAACAUCCUCACUUGCCAUUGGUACACGAGUCGCCGUCGAAUGCGGUAUUCCUUGCAAUGGCCCAACCUGCUCCUAUUGUCAAUCGGGUCGCUACAACCUCUGCCCAUCUCUCCGCUUCCUCUCGUCGGCCAAAACGGCGCCUCAUCUCGACGGUACCCUUCAAACGUUUGUCGACCACCCUCUCGCCCUGCUACACCCGCUUCCACCGGCAAUGUCGUACGAGAUGGGUGCGCUCGCUGAACCACUCGGUGUCGUCAUCCACGCUGCUCGCCGUGCCGCUAUCCCUUCAUCGUUAGCAUACGACCUACCAAAUGGUGUCCGAGCUCCUGGUAGUAUUGCUGGUGGCAACGUACUCGUCUAUGGUGCUGGUGCCGUUGGAUUAAUGGCGUGUAUGCUCGCACGAGCUCAGGGCGCGCAAAAUGUCGUCUGCGUAGACGUCAACGAUGCACGACUACAAUUUGCCAAGGACAAUGGCUUUGUGGCGUCGACUGUCAACCCACUCUCACUACCGUCCCCUUCCUCUCCAUCCUCUGAUUCUGGUUCCUCUUCGGCUUCGACAGCUACAUCCAAAGAAGAAGACGAGAGGACACCCGCUCAACGACGCGCAGACGAGUUGGCGACGCGUAUGGCUCAAGCAAAGCACUCUGCCGACAUUGUCCUCUCUCAAUCCCCCACCAUCGUCUCGGAAGAGGGCGGGUUUGACGUCGUAUUCGAGUGCACGGGUGCCGAACCAUGCAUCCAAUCUGCCAUUUACGCCGCACGGCUGGGUGGUAAAGUUCUCUUGGUCGGUAUGGGUACACCCAACGUCUCGCUCCCUCUUUCGGCCGCUGCCUGUCGAGAGGUCGACUUGAUUGGCGUGUUUAGGUAUGCGAAUACCUACCCUGCCGCGCUCGCUUUGCUCGCCAGCGGUGCACUCGACGGUGUCGAAAAGAUGAUUACUCAUCGCUUUGGACUCGACAGAGCCGCAGAGGCAUUUGGCGUCAUGGCGAAAGGUACCGACGAAAAGGGUGGCCUUGUAGUAAAGGUUUGCGUCCAAGCAUAG